AUGUCAUCGCAACCACCAAAAGACGGUCCCCCACCAGACUACAACGCCCCUCACGCGCCCCAAGCAGCGUACAUCCAGCAACAACAACCCUACAACCAAUACCCACCUCAGAACUUCUCCUCUCCGCCGCCAGGCCAGUACGGACAGCCGCCACAAGGAGGAUACUAUGGACAGCAGCAGAUGGGCUACGGACAACAACAGCCAGGCUACGGCGUAGGAGGUGCGCCAGGACCAUAUGGACCACAAGGCUAUAACGCGGGGCCGCAAGGCGGAUACGGAGGGUAUGGACAGCCGCAGGGACAGUAUUAUGAGGAGAGAAGGGGAGGGGGAAGUAGUGGGGGGUUCUUGGGGGCGUGUAUGGGGGCGUUGGCUUGUUGUUGUUGUUUGGAUUUGUUGUUUUAA